UACUUGCGUACAUCCUUGACGCGACCGAAUAAGCCAUAGGGGUUAUUGCGCACAUUCUGAAGGUAACGACAAUUCGUUAGCUGAAUUAAUUCAACAAUGGCCGCAACUACGAAGAAGUUCUAUGACUUUUCAGUGAAACUACUGACUGGAGAUGUCUUGAAUUUAUCAUCACUCAAGGGGAAGGUUGUACUUUGUGAGAAUGUCGCAUCACUCUGAGGCACGACCACCAGGGACUACACUCAGAUGAACGAGCUCCAUACGCGCUACGCUGCGAAGGGGCUCGUGAUUCUGGGGGCGCCCUGCAACCAGUUCGGACAUCAGGAGAACGGUAAUAACGAUGAAAUCCUGAGUUCCCUGAAGUUCGUCCGUCCUGGAAAUGACUUCGAGCCAAAAUUUCAGCUGCUGGAGAAGGUGAAGGUGAAUGGCAAGGAGGCACACCCCUUGUUCGUCUACCUCAAGGAAAAACUGCCUUUCCCCAGCGACAAUUCCCUGUCCCUCAUGACUGACCCCAUGUGCAUCAUAUGGAGCCCAGUCUGCAGGAACGACAUCAGUUGGAAUUUCGAAAAGUUCCUCAUUGGUCCGGACGGGGAGCCGUUCAAACGAUACAGCAGCAGGUUCCCAACUAUCGACAUCGAAAGCGACAUUAAGAAACUUCUCGGCCAAUAAGUGAACCGUCCAGGCAUUGUAUUUUCAGAGGCAGCUUGAUGAUUUAAUUAAACUAAUAUGUAGGCUAAAGAUUUGGUCCAAAGUGAUUUACAUUUAGUUAUCAUCUCGUUACAGUUUAUAGUCCCAUCAUUAGGCUGCAAUAUUUCUGUCCUGCUUCUACAGCUUGUGAAAAUACUUCCUAUUAAAUUCGAGCUGGCCGUGCUCGCAUGUGCAAGGUAAUGCUGUUGUUUAGACUCUUUACUGAAUGAAAGCAUCCUUUGAAACCCUUUGAGAAGGGUGCUCGAUGAAAACGUAAAGGUCUUUACCUCACAGUAGUAUUUGGCCCAUGUAAUGUAGCUGAGCCUGUAUGUUUUUAUGAGUGAAUAAAUAUCCAAUAAAUUCA